GAGAGGAUUCUACUGGCGGGUGAACGGAGAGUGCUUUGUCUGCGGAGCAACCCGGACAGAAGUGACAGCUGGAGAGACCCGCGUCGACUCGGAGUGGAAUUGGCGGCUGGGGAGAGCGAGAAGGACGAGCGGCUGCCAGCGCGCAGCGCCCCUUCGCCUCCGCUGAGCUGGGCAGCUCAGAGCCUUCGGGGCUCGGCAGACCCGGGAGAUGGCGCCAAGGAGAAAUGAGCAGUGUUGGAGCGUGCUGUGGCCGCGUUGGUUCUGCGCGCUUCUCUUCGCUGCAGUCAAGACCCACGCCGUGACAGGACAGCCUUCCCAUGGUCCCGUGGACCUCACGGAGCUCAUCGGUGUCCCACUGCCUUCAUCCGUGUCCUUCGUCACAGGCUACGGCGGCUUCCCAGCCUACAGCUUCGGGCCCGGCGCCAACGUGGGCCGCCCGGCCAGGAUCCUCAUCCCGCCCACGUUCUUCCGGGAUUUCGCCAUCAGUGUCACGGUGAAGCCCAGCAGCGCCCGAGGCGGCGUGCUCUUUGCCAUCACGGACGCCUUCCAGAAGGUCAUCUACCUGGGCCUGCGGCUCUCGGGCGUGGAGGACGGCCACCAGAGGGUCAUCCUCUACUACACGGAGCCCGGCUCCCACGUGUCCCAGGAGGCUGCCGCCUUCUCGGUGCCCGUGAUGACGCACAGGUGGAACCGUUUUGCCGUGAUCGUCCAGGGCGAGGAGGUGGCCCUCCUGCUGGACUGCGAGGAGCACAGCCACGUCACCUUCCAGCGCUCCGCCCGGGCCUUGGCUUUCGAGGCCAGCGCAGGGCUCUUCGUGGGCAGCGCGGGAGCCACGGGGCUGGAGAGAUUCACCGGCUCCAUACAGCAGCUCACCAUCCACCCUGACACCAGGACCCCGGAGGAGCUGUGUGAAGCCGAAGAAUCCUCGGCAUCCGGAGAGGCCAGCGGGCUCCUGGAGACGGCCGGAGUCGCUGAGAUCUUAGAGGCCGACACCUACACUCAAGCCCCGCCUAAAGAAGUGGAAGCUGAACCCAUAAACACACCUCCAACUCUAUCGCCUCCCUCUGAGGAUGUGGAGUUUUCUGGUGAGCCUACGCCGGAGGCGACCCCGGAAACUGCCAACCUGAGCGUCGUCCUGCACAGCAGCCCCGAGCAAGGGUCUGGGGAGAUCCUGAAUGUCACACUGGAGGGGGCUGAUGCUGUGGACAGGACGCCCCUUAUGGACACAGGCUCGGGGGAUGGGGCCUUCCUUCAUGUCACUGAGGAGGGUCCACACACUGAAGCCGGUUUGGCGCCAACAGCAGCAGUCGGAGAAGCCGAGGUGACCGUCAGCACUGCAGCAGAAGCCAAGGUGACCGUCAGCACUGCAGUGGAAGUAGAGGCCAGCAGUGUGCCCACUGUGGGGCUGGCCCUCUCCAUGUCCACCCAGGACCCCGGGGAAGAGGUCUCUUCAAGUCCAGAUACCGAAGAAGGUUCAGCAGCGACAGCAAUGGAGGAGGCCGAGAUGCCCACCAGAACCGAUGGGGAAGCUGAGGCCCACAGUGUGCCCACCGGGGGGCCAGCCCUCUUCAUGUCCACCCAGGGGCCUGGGGAAGGGGUCCCUCUGGGUCCAGGCAGCGAGGGCACCUUGGCAACAGCAGCAGCCUCUGCAGAAAUGCCCCUCGGCACUUUCGAGGAUGAAGAUGAGGAGGCCAGCGGGGCUCCCACCAGUGGCCCACCUCUCAUCAUAACCUCAGCAGCCCCCGAGCAAGGGGUGGUCACUUUUGGCCCUAGUGAGGAAGAAGACUUAGCAGCAGCCACAACGGAGGAGCCCUGUACCACCGCCGAGGCGGAGGAGUCAAGCAGCGCUCCCCCCGAGGGGCCCCCACUCCCCAUGCCCACGGUGACCACUCCUGAAACAACUGUGACUCCCAAAACAGCGGUGACUCCAGCCAUGUCGGUGGGAGUGGAGGCUGAGGGCUCCGGCCUGGGCUGGGGCUCCAACAUCGACUCCGGCUCUGGUGACCAGGGGUGCGGUGAGGAGCUGCUAAAAGGUCCCCCAGGCCUCCCAGGCCCCACAGGCCCACCUGGCUUACCUGGGAUUCCAGGAAAACCAGGAACUGAUGUUUUCACGGGACCCCCUGGAUCUCCUGGAGAAGAUGGAGCUGCUGGCGAACCUGGGCCCCUGGGCCCCGAGGGACAGCCUGGACGUGACGGAGCCUCUGGCCUUCCCGGGGUGAAAGGGGAGAAGGGAGCAAGAGGGCCUAAUGGUUCAGCUGGUGAAAAGGGUGACCCCGGUCACAGAGGCUCACCGGGACCCCCAGGGAAAAACGGACAAGCUGGCACUCCUGGGACCAUGGGACCCCCAGGGCCUCCUGGACCCCCAGGACCCCCAGGCCCUGGAUGUGCACUGGGACCUGAAUCUGAGGAUACCGAAGGCUCCGGAAGCGUCAUGCUCCAGCAUGGACCCAGACUCUCUGGAACAAUAGCUUCAGUUGGCCCCAAAGGAGAAAAAGGAGAGCCGGGACUCAAGGGUGAAAGAGGGAUGGAUGGAGUCAGUGCUGUGGGACCCCCUGGGCCCAGGGGGCCACCCGGGUGCAUCGAGGUCUUGUCUAGCUCUUUGAUCAACAACAUCACUCACGGAUUCAUGAACCUCUCGGACAUCCCUGAGCUCGUUGGGCCUCCGGGCCCGGAGGGCAUGCCUGGGCUGCCUGGGUUUCCAGGCCCCAGAGGACAGAAAGGAGACACCGGUGUACCUGGAUUUCCGGGACUGAAGGGAGAGCAGGGCGAGAAGGGAGAGCCGGGCGCCAUCCUGACGGGGGAUGUUCCCCUGGAAAGGCUGAGGGGGCAAAAGGGUGAGCCUGGAAUGCACGGAGCACCAGGACCGAUGGGGCCCAAAGGACCACCAGGACACAAAGGAGAAUUUGGCUUCCCUGGACGACCUGGUCGCCCAGGACUGAAUGGCCUCAAGGGCGUCAAAGGAGAUCGGGGGAUCAUGAUGCCGGGCCCACCUGGCUUACCUGGUCCUCCAGGCCCCCCUGGACCACCUGGAGCUGUGGUUAACAUCAAAGGCGCUGUCUUCCCCAUCCCAGCCCGGCCGCACUGCAAAACCCCCGUUGGCACGGCUCAUCCCGGGAACUCAGAACUCAUCACCUUUCACGGUGUUAAAGGAGAAAAAGGAUCCUGGGGUCUUCCCGGCUCGAAAGGAGAAAAAGGCGACCAGGGGGCCCAGGGACCACCAGGCCCUCCAGUGGAUCCAGCUUACCUGAGACAUUUUCUGAACCACCUGAGGGGGGAGAAUGGAGACAGGCGGUUCAGAGGAGAAAAAGGAGACUCUGUCGGCGAUGUGUCUGUGUCGGGGCCUCCAGGCCUGCCAGGAAGCCCAGGCCUGGUUGGCCAGAAAGGGGAGGCUGUUGUCGGGCCCCAGGGCCCCCCAGGUGUUCCUGGCCUGCCUGGGCCCCCUGGCUUUGGAAGACCUGGUGCUCCUGGGCCACCAGGACCCCCAGGGCCACCGGGACCCCCGGCGAUCCUAGGAGCAGCUGUGGCCCUGCCAGGCCCGCCCGGCCCUCCAGGACAGCCUGGGCUUCCCGGAUCCAGAAACCUGGUGACGGCCUUUAGCGACAUGGACGACAUGCUGCAGAAAGCGCACUUGGUGAUAGAAGGGACGUUCAUCUACCUGAGGGACAGCACGGAGUUUUUCAUCCGUGUCAGAGAUGGUUGGAAAAAGUUACAGCUGGGAGAACUGAUCCCCAUCCCUGCAGACAGCCCUCCGCCUCCUGCGCUCUCUGGCAAUCCACAUCCGAUUCAGCCUCCACUGAUGCCUGUUUCCAAUGUCCAUUACGAGAGGCCUGCACUGCAUUUGGUCGCUCUGAACAUGCCAUUUUCUGGGGACGUCCGCGCGGAUUUUCAGUGCUUCCAGCAGGCCAGAGCCGCGGGGCUGUGGGCCACCUACCGAGCAUUCUUAUCCUCCCAUCUGCAAGAUCUCUCCACGGUUGUGAGGAAAGCGGAGCGCUACAGCCUGCCCAUAGUGAACCUCAAGGGCCAAGUCCUCUUCAAUAAUUGGGACUCGAUUUUUUCCGGCCGUGGAGGUCAGUUCAGUACACAUGUUCCAAUAUACUCCUUUGAUGGCCGGGACGUGAUGACAGAUCCUUCGUGGCCCCAGAAGGUCGUUUGGCACGGCUCCAACACCCAGGGGGUGCGCCUGGAGGAUAACUACUGUGAAGCCUGGCGAACGGCUGACGCGGCGGUCACGGGGCUGGCCUCCCCGCUGAGCACGGGGAAGAUUCUGGACCAGAAAGCGUAUAGCUGUGCUAGCAGGCUCAUUGUUCUCUGUAUCGAAAACAGUUUCAUGACAGACGCUAGGAAGUAAUGACCUUCCCGUGAUCCUGAAGAGCUUCCCAAUUUUUCUUAUGUGAAGAGUUGACACUGAAAUCGAAAAGGUCUAAAUGUUGUAAAUAUUAGUUGUUUUAAUUACACGUUCAUCACAACAGCAACCAAAGAGAACAUACCUCAGCCCACUCAAAACUGAAGACAUCGAGGACUCAGAUCAAAGAUGAACAUCUGAUCCAUGUAUUGGUGCUAGAUUUUGCAGGAACCCCACGCAGGGUGAACACAUCCCGACACGGUUAGCAGCGAGUUGAAAGCCAAGGUCUUGGCAUUCUGCCUCCCGCAACCUUCGGAAAGUAACGUCCCCCUUCAACCAUUGUUGUUAAACGUAAGAUGUCCUUCCUGUCUUCUUCCAAAGUCAGUGUUUAGAAAUGUUGCCCCUUUUUAAGUUAUGUGCAGACCAAGUGCUUCAUUCCUUAACAUGCCUCUGUCAUUUGCAACUGCUGUUCAUAUAAAGACACAGAACUGCUCAAAUGA